CCCACAGACAAGAGCCGUCCCCGAAUUUGUUUGGCAACAGCUUCUCUUCGAUUUUUUUUUUGGCAGGAAGGCAAUCUGGCCGCUUUAUAGCUGAACGAACUGUCAGCACAGCCUCUUUUUUCUUUUAGAACGACAUGGCGAUGGGGUGUCAGAUCUUUGUCUGUGUGGCCUUGGCUGCCGUACUAGGCGCCGCGCUGGGGCUCGAUGAAGACAUGGCCCGGCCCUUGUUCGGUCCUCCGGGCUCGACCAUCCGAGUGAUGGACUCUGACGCGGGUCUGAAGAAGGCGCUGCAUUUCGCUCAGGAGCGUUACAACUUGGGCUCCAACGCGAUGCACCUCCGCAAAGUUAGCCGACUCAUCUCCGCCACCAAACAGCUGGUUAAGGGUAUCCGCUACACUAUAACAGUGGAGAUGAGUAAUACUCAAUGUAAGAAAUCCACCAUGCUCCGGACUUGUGACUUCUAUCCCGAACUACAACAGCUCAAGACCGAGAUUUGUGUGUUUGAAAUCUGGGACAUCCCCUGGCAGUCAACCUUGAAUUUGCUCAAACAGAAGUGCCAACCAAAAGCUUUACCUGAAGAAACUACCACUGUUGAGGACGCUUCCCCUGAGGAGUCUGUGGAGCUGCUGAACCUUUUCAAAGACUUCAUGGUUAAAUACAAUAAAGCCUAUAGCACGCAGGAGGAAGUUGACCGCCGCCUGCAGAUCUUCCAUGAGAACGUUAAGACCGCGGCAAGAAUCCAGUCUUUGGAUCAGGGAUCUGCAGAGUACGGCAUCACCAAGUUCAGUGACCUCACUGAGGAAGAGUUUCGCUCGACCUACUUGAACCCUCUGCUGAGCCAGUGGACUCUCCAGAGACCCAUGAAAUUGGCCCCCUCCGCCCGAAGCCCCGCCCCUGCCAGCUGGGAUUGGAGGGAUCAUGGUGCUGUUAGUCCUGUUAAGAACCAGGGUAUGUGCGGAUCUUGCUGGGCAUUUUCUGUCACAGGUAACAUUGAGGGGCAGUGGUUUCUGAAAAACGGAACUUUGCAGUCAUUGUCUGAACAAGAACUGGUUGACUGUGAUGGGCUGGACCAGGCAUGCAGAGGCGGGUUGCCAUCAAAUGCUUAUGAAGCAAUUGAGAAUCUUGGCGGUCUGGAGUUGGAGAGAGACUAUUCCUAUACUGGCCAUAAGCAGAGGUGUGACUUCACCAGCAGGAAGGUGGUCGCCUACAUCAACAGCUCUGUGGAGCUAUCCAAAGAUGAAAAUGAAAUUGCAGCUUGGUUGGCUGAGAAUGGCCCCAUCUCUGUAGCUCUGAAUGCUUUUGCCAUGCAGUUUUACAAGAAAGGUGUGUCCCACCCUUUUAAGAUCUUCUGCAACCCCUGGAUGAUUGACCAUGCAGUGCUUCUGGUGGGAUAUGGAGAGCGUAAUGGAAUUCCUUUCUGGGCCAUCAAAAACAGCUGGGGGGAAGAAUACGGGGAGCAGGGUUACUACUACCUAUACAGGGGCUCCAAUGCGUGCGGAAUCAACAGGAUGGCUUCAUCUGCUGUUGUCAACUAAGUUGAUAAAUUUACACUUUCUUGUUCUCCUCUGCAUACAGACAAUGUGAUAAUGUCAACAUACACAUCUGAGCUAAACCUCAAAACAUUCCCCCACUCACAUGUCAUCCUGAUUAACCAGACUAGAGUUCCUUAAAAUGCAUACGAGAAGAGCUACUGUUAGGAACUUAAAAAUAAUUGAUUGAAGUUUGAAAAUAUUUUGUAGUAGAUUUUAUGUGUGGUUUUCAUUUCUUUUAUGUCAAGCAGUGGUUUUUAGGGGGGGGGGGGGGUUCCCCCCAUAGUAAAUUUCUGUACAGUAUUGAAGCAAGUAAUUUUCAUGGUUAUGCCACUGUGCUGUGAAUUCUAGCCUCAAUUUUGUUACCACUGGCUGAGUAAAUAUGAACUUAUUUGUUGGAAAAUGGUAGGAAAUAAACGAAAGUGGAAUUAAAAUGAAUUGAACCCCCA